UUCUUUCAUAAAAAAUAUUGAAAAUGAUCCCAAGUCAAGGGAAUAUGAAUAAAGAUGGAGUCAAGUACUCUAUUAGCUCAUUUUGGCAUAUAUUUCAUAGUGGAUGCGCCUAUUAUCCAGACGAACCAACCGAUCAAGAUAAAGAAAAUCAUAAGGAGUUUUUGGAAACAUUCACAGAAACAGCAAAGCAAUCUGUAGAUUUUGAAGAAUUUGGAACAAGGUUUGGGAAAUUAAUGGAAGAGCAUCCACCAAUUUUGGAUUCAAGGAAAGCAUAUAGCAUCUGGAUGUGAGAACAUCAUAAUAGAAUCAGAGAAGAGGAUGGGAAAGAACUAUUUGAUUGAUCAUAUGACAAUUUGGGCAAAAGAUGGGGUCCUCCAAAAUAACUAGUCAUAAAUGGUUGU